GAGAAUAGCCAACGCUGGCAAGUCUCACCCGGGGUGAGAGGUCGAUCAUAUUUUUUAUUCUCACCCAUUGUGAGAACAGCCACUUCCUUCUCUACAAAUGAACUGUACUGUGGCAUCUGUGGUGGAAUGUGAUGCAAAGGCUGCAUGAGGCUGAAGUCAUGGAUAUUGGAUCUGUAGUGGAAGAGGUCGCCCUUGAAGGACUUGAUGGUGUUACUCUGCGCACCUUAUGGGUACGUCUAGUGGACAGACCAGAUUUGGAAUUGGAGGCCAUUGACGAUGACCUGAAGCGGUUUGUGUGGCGGAAUUUGACGGAGACUAAGGAAGUGGACUUCUACGUUCUCCCAGAGGCCAGGCCUGAGCUGGUUCUGUUCAAGUACAGCUCCUAUAUCGACGAGUUGGCCUGCAGUUGUAUUCUCCCCGGAGAUUUACCGGAGGACACAUUCUCUUUGACGGUGAUAGACCAGGAUGGUAUCAUGGGGGCCUGUGAUCACUUCCACACCCGAGUCAAAGUCUCAGAUGAAGUGAGAACUGCGGACAUGCAGUCUGUUUUGUCAUUACCUGAGGCGGAGGACAGAUGGGGUGAUCGUUUGGUGAUUGUUGCCAGCCAAAGACAGAGGAACCUGGUUUUGCUCGAUUCCACCUUAAACUGCUACAACCUGACUGGAGAUAUAUACUUUUUGUUGGAAAAAAUCGGAAGGGGAAGGUAUGAUGGAGAACUGAGCCAGUGCAAGAGUAUUCGCGGGCUCCUCCGGAAAAAGAUGAAGACCUCCGUCGGGAGCUUGCACACCCGGAUUAAACGACUACAACAGCUCAGACUGAUCAUCAAGCAGGACUUCACCGUUGCGUUUGAAGGCUUCACCAAGCACCAGACCCGCCUCCUCCACCUCAAGCGAUUUUACCGCGCCACUCCGGCCAACCUGAAGAGCAAACUGUUUGAAGUGACCCAGUACCUGAUGUCCAGGCCCAACCACACGGCUGCUUACACCUCGGAGCUGGUGAAGGAUUUGCAAAUGUUAGCACCGCCCGUCAAGAAGCACAUCACCAUCAUGAAGAAGUUCAUCAAGUACCACAUGGUGCCGUAUCGGGAGUACUACCCUAAUGCCAAGGACAAGGAGUGGAAGUCGAAAAAUGGCAGCGAAAAACUCAUCAAGCUGGUGACCUUGAUCAAGCCGUUUAACAUGUUCGAGGACCUGAACGUGGACGAUUCUGAUGAGGAUGAGGGGGAGGAGGAGGAGGGGGGGAACAGUGAGCGAGAGGAGAGCGACACUGAGGGUGGAGAUGCUGCAGAGAGCAACACAAGAGAGGGAGGUGCUGCCAGGGAGAGUCAGAAACCUGCUGUGUCUGAGUAUGGUUACCCUCUGUAUCAUUUGUCAACUCUAAGUCAAAUUAAGAAGAUUAUAGAUGAGAGUGGACCAAAUGGACUGUCACUGACACAGCUCCGCAAUCGUACGGGCCUUCCAGGGCCUGCGAUGAAUAAAGCCAUUCCUUAUCUGAUGAAAGAAGAUGUUAUUGCCCGCAAGAAUCGUUCCUAUGGGAGGACCUCGAGUACUUUCUAUAUGUCUGUCAAGUAUGCUGACAAAGGAGGUCAGAGCAACCCUCAGGGGCUGGGCCCUGCAGACUCCGUGGAGAAAGAUGAAGUGGAAGCUGAAAUAGAACAACGCAUCUUGAGCAGAGUGCAGGUGGAAGAUGAGGAACUGAAAAACGUGACUCUCGAACAGCUGGACCAGAAGAUUACCGAGAUGAACAUCACCUGGAAAGUGGACCGGGCCACUCCUCCCUCUGCUCCUGGUCUGACGAAACACAAAGCUACGAUCGACACUGCCCGGAAAAAAGCUCGCAAAACUUUCGUCCUCCGAUGCCUGAGUCUGAGGAAGGUUUAUCCCAAGAUGCGCUUUCUGAUGGACGAUCUUUUUGGCUUUGAGAAGCAGAAAGGCCAGAAAGAGACGAUGUGUCGCAAGUCCUUCAUGAAGAUGAUGUCAGAGCUGUACAAGGAGGGCCACCUUUACUACGUGAAGGCUUACUGUAAUGUGGCCCCUCAGUCCACUCUCCAGCAUACUAUAGUUGACGCGAGUGUGGAUGAAAAUGACCCUCGGUUGAGGAGAGCUCUCCUGUACAUCAAAACAGAUUUCCUACGUCACAGAUUCAAGGCUGCACCUCAGCGAAAUGUCCAGACUAAAAAAGCAACACAUGCCAAGGGCAUCGAGUUUGGCUUGCUGCCCAAAUUUGAACGUUUACGGACACUGCACAUGUACAUGUUCUAUCUGCUCUACGGAUAUGAUGAUUCUUCUGUCGAGAAAGAGCCGCAGGGGGCGACAAAGAGUGGUAGUCCACGUGUGUACAUGGAUGUGGAGGGCUGGCAGCGUUACCUGCCUCCCCUUAAACGACACAACAGUACGUUUGUCCCCAAAAAGGACGGUGUGUGUAUGGUGGGGGAUCUGCUGCUACACAUGCCCCUGUGCCUCUACUGCAGCGUGGUUAACGUCGGCUGGAAGGUGGAUGGUCUGAAAGAAGCCCUCGCCGAUCCGGAGACGAGGUUGUACCCCCUGGAUGCCCUUCCGUGCGAGCUUCUCUCCCCUUUGCUGUACAGGCGGAAGUACAUCGCGCGGAUCGUGGACUCGAUCCAGACGCUCUGUCAGAUGGGUGUGGUCACCUUUAGCCCCAAGGGAAUCAAGAGAGAUUACGAAUAUACCUACACAAGAAGGCCAUGCUGCUCAACACGGAGAUGAGCGAGCCGGGGAACCUGAUGACGCGAUGUCCCGCGGGGAAGACGUUUGAGAAGAUCCACUACACGUUCCGGACCAUGGAGGACGUGGACAAGUACUGGCAGGACCUCCGCCUCUACGGGAACAACACGCCGCUAGGACAUUACAGCGCACGAGAUGAGCUGGGGGAUCAUGGAGAGAUCACCCUCCUGGACGUCUGCAAACCCAAAAUGCUGGACGAGAUCCGAGAGGAGAACUGGUUGCCGGGCGAUCGUCGCGGUGCGGGCGGACUCGACUCUUCGCUCUUCUUACACCGACAAAGCAACUGGAUGUUCAUGAAGAACAACAUCAGUACCCAGCUGAAGAGGGCAAAAGAAAAAGCCAAGAGAGCUCUUCAGUCCAGUGUGGGCAGGAUGCAGGGCUCGAAAUCACGUGACACUCGAUCUCCGAGCAACGAGCCCCGCGUGGUGAAAGGGACGCCGAGACUUUUUUCUCAGCCUGUAAAAGUUGGUGACCAGGCGGACAAAAAAGGGAAGCAGAAAGGGAAAAAACCGGACUCCACUCAGCGGAUUGGCUCUCUGCACAAAAUUGUGAAGGCGGCCAAACGUAAACUACGUCCUUCCCGUAUACCUCGAGCGAGGCGGAGAACUGCUUAUCUGGAUGCCAAAGACAAAGAGUCCAAGCUGAGCAUGUAUCGGAUCAGGUCAAGGUUCUCUCCAGUUGAGAACGGAAUGUUGCUGCUGUGUCAAGUGGCCAGCUGGGUGCUGUGUCCUAACUCUCCUCUCAUGUGUGUCAACUUUGACACCGUCAGAGACAUCCUCCACACCAUACUGCCGGAGGAGGCCAAGGAUAAGACAAGACAUUCCCUCAAAGGCAAGUACAACCGACUGUCCCGAGAGCACAAGUUCAAGGCCACAGCUGUGCACUUUUUGACCAUGGCCAAAUCUGAUGAGGAACUGAUGGCCAAGUAUGACAAUAGCACUUUGGCGCGAACAGACCCAGAGUUUAUCGAGCUCUACUCCAAUCUAGUGGUGGACCUACUGCACAAGUUCAGGUCUCAGAAGAACAUCAAACACUUUGAGCUGCCUGAGUCCGUGGACAAGCUGUCAGAGCUGUACACUGUGUGCCGUUCUUACGACCUGCUGGAAGAACCCAUACAGCUGACCACAGACGUGGACACACUGGAAGACGUACAUGUGUUUGUGGUCUGGGAGCUGAUACAGAGUAUGUUGCACCUGGAAGGAAUGCUGCCCGUACGCUUGGCCUACAACAUGCUCAGCCACUUCGAUGACCACGUGGUCAGUCGGGCUCUGGAUCUGCUACAGCAGGCUCGCAUCAUCACGCAGUUGAAGCGAGAUCAACAAGGCCACAGGAGGUACUUGAGAAGUACCCUCCCCCACAGCAAGAAAGCUACCAGAAG